AUGAUAUCGACUUGUCAAAUCAACUUUUCGGCUUCACAGCUAGAAUACGAUGACGGGGAGCUGAUGUUUACACUCACCAGCCAUGGAGUGUCUACGCCGUUUAAGCCAGCUCUUCCAAAGGAUUUCUCAAACGUGCCCUAUCAAACCAUUGAUACUAGUAAAUCUAUCGAAGAAGAGAGACUACCCUUCUAUGAGCAUGAACAGUUUUACCCUGUUCAUAUCGGCGAGGUAUUCAAUUCGAGAUAUCAGGUGGUUGGAAAACUAGGCUACGGGGCAUAUUCGACUGUUUGGCUCUGCCAUGAUCUGGUGAGGCAUAGAUAUUCAGCAAUGAAAAUAUCAACACAGUUAAGGAGAUUCCCGGAAAAGAAACGCGCAGAACUUGUAGCUUACAACCAUCUUCAAAAACUCGAUUCAUCACACCCGGGUACGGUGCAUAUUCGGAAGCUGUAUGAUUCGUUUGAGAUUUCUGGCCCGCAUGGAUCUCAUCAGUGUUUGAUACAGCAACCAAUGCAUCUAAGUAUUCUUGAAAUGAUGGAUUUAAACCCUGAACCGCUCAAUGCUCCCCUACUGAGAAUGAUAUUGAAACGUCUUUUGAAAGUGCUGGACUUCCUUCACACUGAAGCUGGAAUGGUACACACAGACUUAAAAGCGGAUAACUUGAUGCUUACUGUUGAAGACAAUUCUAUGCUUGAGGAUUUUGAAAAAAUAGAGCUAGAAAGCCCGACUCCGAGAAAGGUAAUAGAUGGGACUCGAUCCAUAUACAGAUCUCGCUAUUUCACUAGGCCCAAAAAUGGCGACUGGGGGUAUCCAAUGCUAUGUGAUUUCGGAGAGGCUCGAAUAGGAACUAUUCAUCAUACCGGAAUGACUGUUCAACCUCAUAUAUACAGAGCCCCGGAGGUAACCCUCGAGAUGCCUUGGGGCCCAGCUGUGGAUAUAUGGAAUCUUGCUACAUUGAUCUGGGAUCUUUUCGAAGGCAGGCAUUUAUUCAACGGUGUGACAGAUAGGGAUGGUGACUAUGACCCAUUUGCGCAUAUGGCUCAAAUUACUGGAUUCCUAGGACCACCUCCAAAAGAGUUUAUCCAGAGAAGCAAAACAAUCUCACAAGUUUUCGAUGCCAAUGGCAAAUGGGUGGCUGAUCAUUACGAAAAAGUGCCAUCUGUAUCGUUAGAAGAUGUGGAAACCCGUCUAGAGGGGCAGGAUAAAGAGUUGUUUUUAAAAUUCAUCCGAUCAAUGCUAGAAUGGCUUCCGGAAGACCGAAAAACAGCAAAAGAACUUUUGGAUGACCCGUGGUUAAAUAUUGAAUGA